AUGUCACAAAUAGGAGGACAAUUCGGAUUUUUCCUUGGGCUGUCCAUCAUUACUCUACUGCAAAUGAUCCUGUAUGGCAUUCACUUCGUGCUGACUACUGUGGCGGAAAAAGCUAGACGGGUUUAUACUAUCUCCACGUCUUUCAUAUACAGCGACACCGGUGAAAAAGAAGACUCCGGAAGUACUGCUGUUGCACAUGACGGAGUGUCUAUAGUUGCUCGACGUUCACUGGAUGGGUUCGUAUCUCGACGGUCAGUGAAUGGGACAGCCGUUUCUGGUCAGCUUCCAUUCACGUUCGACAUGUGA